AUGGCUCAGUUGGCCGAUAGGGUUCACCAGGUCGAACGCUUAAAAGCUGAGAAGGCUAGAGCAAAUAAAAAUUAUAAAAAAGAAAGGGUUGCCUACGUCGAAGCCGACGAAGGAGAGCCUGCAUUUUUUGAAGACCAAUAUAGUUUCGAAGAUUUCGAAGUAGACUUGGCUGAAUUAAAAGACACAGCCUUCUGUAAAUUGCUUAUACCAUCAAACGGAAAAAACCAUGCCGAAAAUGAAAAGAAUGAUAAGUUUCCUAAGAAAACCUACACAUUUGAUGUGACUAAAUGUGAUGAAAUAUUUGAUUUACUUGUGAAAGAUGGUCAAAUGGUGAUACCUCCAAAUACUAAAGUUCCUCCGUUGGAACAACGGAAGAAAAGAGGUUACUGUAAAUACCAUAAUUUUCUGGGCCACCGAACCUCACAAUGUUUUCUUUUCAGGGAUCUUAUUCAAAAUGCAAUCAAAGAAGGCCGUUUGAGGUCUGCAGACAAGGGGAAGAACAAGAUGAAAGUGGAUGCUGAUCCCCUUAACAUUGCUGACACUAAUUAUGCUAAGCCUAUCGACGUCAACAUGGUCGAUAUGGUUGAAGUUGAGUCGAAAUAUUAUGUUAGCCUAGAAUAUUAUGUUACCUUUGGAACAGCUGUCAAGGGUAAAUAG